AUUGAUGAAGUGACUGGCUGCGACUUCAACUGUUAGUUGGUGUAGCUUUCAUUUAUAACCACAUUUUCACAGCAAUUAGCCUACAGAAUGCGUUCCCUUGGACUAUGUAGUUUGAUGUUGCAUGUGAUCGUUGUUUGUUCCACGGAGUUGACGUUUGAGUUACCUGAUAACGACAAGCAAUGUUUCUAUGAAGAGCUCCAGAAUGGAGUGAAGUUUGACCUAGACUUUCAAGUGAUUGCAGGAGGGAACUAUGAUGUGGACUGCUUUGUAACAGAUCCAGUGAACAACGUCCUGUAUCAGGAGAGGAAGAAGCAGUAUGAUAGCUUCUCUCACACCACCACUAUGAAAGGAACCUACAAGGUCUGCUUCAGCAACGAGUUCUCUACCUUCUCCCACAAGACCGUCUACCUGGACUUCAGGUCCGGAGAGGAGAGACCCCUACUGCCUGACAUGAACAGAGACACUGCCCUGACACAGAUGGAGUCGGCCUGUCUGUCCAUCCAUGAGAUCCUGAAGGUAGUGUCUGACUCUCAGACCUGGUAUCGGUUACGGGAGGCUCAUGACCGCAUCAGAGCAGAGGACCUCCAUGAGCGCGUGUCCUAUUGGUCCAUAGGAGAAACUAUAAUCCUUUUCACUGUCAGCAUUGGACAGGUUCUCAUUCUCAGGAGCUUCUUCAGUGACAAGAAGGGCAGUGUUGCAGCCAACACAUAGGUCCUACUAUAUAUAUAUAUGUAUGUAUGUAUGUAUGUAUGUAUGUAUGUAUGUAUGUAUGUAUGUAUGUAUGUAUGUAUGUAUGUAUGUAUGUAUGUAUGUAUGUAUGUAUGUAUGUAUGUAUGUAUGUAUGUAUAUGAAUGAUACAUUCCAUAAUACUGGGUUACUGUUUCAGCCAACACAAGAUAUUGUAUUACAGGUCAUCUGCCACUAGACUGUAACCUACCUUAAUACCCCACAACAAACUGUAGUCCUAUACAGUUAUAUUAAAGGACUUGAGGAACUAUUACAUCUGUCUGGUAUUAAGACUUUAGCUUGUGGAUUCUAGCCUCUGAAAAUGAAAUACUGUGGUUGCAACAGCCGUUUAGUGAUUUCAGUCUAAAUAGGUUAGCAACCUAACGCACCUGUGGUACACCAAGCCUUUAUCUGUUUUUGUCUCAAAGUGUACAUUAAUUUGUGCUAUGACAUUAAUUUAUUGUGUGUGUAAAAUGUUUUGUAUGUCUGUCUCGCCCUCUCUCGUGUACACAGUCACACACACCAUAACCCCACAAUUUGAUUUCCAUUUGAAAUCCUUUUUUUCCUUUCCUUAACCCCUAAGCUUAAAAUAGCCUUUGUCCCCACGAGGGAGAAUUUUCCUUGUUUUACUAUCCUUGUGAGGACUUUUGGCAAUUCCUGGACCACUUGAGGAUAGGGGUGUGUCUUGACUAUCAUUAAAGUGAAGAAUGUUAUAUG